AUGCCGGACAAGCCACAAGCACCACCAACCGCCUAUCCUGCAAGCUCGCUAAAGGCACAAGACCAAGAAGGCAGUAAAGGACUUGAUUCGAAGCUCGCGCCAAACGCCAACUGGACACAGCUCGAGUUUUGGGACGAUGAGGGGAAUGCUCCCUAUCUGAGAGAUUAUGAGGGUCGUGGCCUGCUCAAGGAUAAAGCCGUGAUUGUGACGGGUGGGGACUCUGGUAUUGGACGAGCCGUUGCUGUGCUUAUGGCGCGCGAAGGUGCCGACAUUACCUUCGUCUAUCUUCCAGAAGAAGAGGAAGAUGCCCAAUGGACAAAGAAUCAGAUUGAGAAGGCAGGCAGGCAAGCUCAACCACUUACCCUGGAUGUCACCUCGGAAGAGAACUGUAAGAAGAUUGUCGAGGCACACAUGAAGAAAUUCGGCAAAUUGUCCGUCCUAGUCAACAAUUCAGCCAUGCAAGAGAUCUGCAAUGACAUUGAAGACAUCAAUCUCGGGGUUGUGGAGAAGACUUUCCGCACCAAUAUCUUGAGCAUGUUUGCCAUGGUCAAAUAUGCCCUUCCUCAUAUGAAGCGUGGCUCGAGCAUUGUCAAUUCAAGCUCGGUUGCGGCAUAUAUGGGCAAUCCUCAACUUGUGGACUAUAGCUCGACAAAGGGAGCCAUCACCACAUUCACGAGGAGCCUGGCACAGCAGUUGGCGCCGAAGGGUAUCAGGGUCAAUGCUGUUGCACCUGGAAUCAUUUGGACGCCGCUUCAGCCUGCUACCAGAGGAAACCCACCUGAAGCAAUGUCUGCGCUUGGAGUCGAGGAGGCACCCCUCCAACGGCCGGGAAUGCCUGUUGAAAUGGCCACGGCAUAUGUGUUUCUAGCGUCACCUCUGGGGUCAUACUUUACGGGUGAAACCAUUCACGGUACGGGAGGAUUAGAGAUGCAGGGUUGA